AUGACCCGUCUCACGACCAUUUUCACAGCGCUAUACGCACUCUACUCUCUCCCAUUGAUCUCCGCCUGGACCUUUGUCUGGAGAAACGCCAGCGACAACCCCAUCGUCGAAAAAGGAACCAGCGCACAGCCCUGCAAGGCAAUCGAUCAUGGAAAAGGCAAAAAUUUCAAAUUCGACGCCGAAGACAGUCUUGUUCGCAUCUACAUGUAUGGGUCACCCAAUUGUACAGACGAUAUCAUCGAGAGAACCGAGGAUUAUCUCACGAAGAACUCCAAUGUUCCGCUUAGGGGGUUCGCGGUUAUUGAUCUCAGAGGGGCGAAUACGAGCACUGGUGGUGAACUCACGCCGUUCCCUGGAGCUGACUGGUUCAAGUCAUCCCCCAAUAGCCCCAUCGUGACUUCAAUGGGAAAGAGACUAAUGGCGGAAGACUGUGGGAAGUACCGCGAGGGACCGGGGCCGCAGUGGUCCGAGGUGGACCGGGAAUCCUACCAGUGUUGGCAAAAGAAACUUGGGUAUACGGGUUCGAAUGCCGAUGGGUGGCCGGGGAAGACUACUUGGGAUCAACUCAAGGUGCCUCUGGCGGACAAGAACGACGGAGGUUCUUUUACAACCACGGAUACGCCGUCUAGUACGAGUACCGGUACAGGAACACCGACGAGUACGUCUAUUCCAGAUACAGAUACCUCCUCGGUGCCGUCACUCGGAGGAGGGGAAAUUGCUGGGAUUGUUGUAGGCUCUGUGGUCGGGUUGGGACUUAUUGGGUCCAUAAUUUAUCUCUCGCGGCGGAUAGGCCGGCGCAGUGCUCCGGCGUCUAGGGAGAAAAAGCCAGAGCGAGAGCCAGAGGGCGGUGGUAGUGAAGGUGGUGGUGGUGGUGGUGGUGGUGGUAAAGACGAUGAUGACGGUGGUGCUGUGGUAGUAGGAGAAACAAGAAAGUCGUCGUUGGAGAAGUUGCCUGCGGAGGCUGAGGCGAUCCUUGCAAAGAAUCAAAAUAAGCAUGUUUCUGAGCUUCCGGGCGGCACAGCGGCGGUGGAGUUAAGUGAUAGUCGGAGGGUCUUUGAGUUGGGAGACAGCCGGACAUAG